AUGAACCGUCUGUUGUUAGUACUAGCGGUGAUCGCUUUUGCGUGCACCUGCGGCACUGAGGCUGCUCGCAGACGUGGACUGAGAGUGAAAUUCAACGUCGGUCUACGGCCUGGAACUGACUUCUUCUUCGAUGUCCCUCGCACUGUUCUCAAUGCUAUCUUUAACAGCUGGAGUGUCACUCAGGGUGUGGCUAACCUCCCCAACUCCAACUUGACCAUGUACUGCCAUCCUGAUCGCGUGCUUUGCGGAUUCUUCGACAGCACCGACAGAAUUGCUGGUCUUCAAAUCGCGCUUGACCAGAGCCUGUUCUCGAAUGCAGUGUACGACUGGAAGACCCAAGGCUACACAGAGUGGAGACCACCAGUUAGCUUCGGACAAACACGCCGCACAUACUGGACUACUCAGAUCUUCUUCGUUUCUCCAGGAUCCCCAUCGUUGACCGAGUACGACCCAAUGAACGACUUCGAGAGCGUGAUAAGAGAAGAGAAGAUCUUGGUGACCGGUUUCAAUGGACAACUUGUCACCAUUUCUGAAAACGAAGAAGAUAUUAAAAACAGUAUUUUCACUGUCCAAGCUUGUAUCCCAUGGAUGGGUCGUCACUACUACUACAACAUGACCAGUAGCACUCCAUGCACCUCUGAGGGUAUCUUCCCCUGGUUCCCCCUCGUCGACUCAGGCAAAUUAGAGGGUGUCGGUUUCUUGGUAGCUGGUAAACUGGAGAUCCCUAGCGGCAGACGUGACUGGUUCGAACACCCAGACGAGGCAGCUGUCAAAGCGAUCGUGCCCAACGGACCUCAGUGCUUGUACGACUUGGCCAAAAACAACGGUGUCGUAACCAUGCACAUCUACUUCACAGACCAACCUUGGUACAUCGGAUGUCCUCUGUGGUGA